ACUGGCUAUCUUGCUGUUGAUUUGCACGAAGAGCAACUUGCCAGAGUCAGCGCGGUGUUACGCGAGCCUUGCGGGGCACUCAGUCAAAUGGGCCUUCAUUGUUUGUCCCCCCCAGGUUGUAGCCUGAUUACCAAAGCCUGCCAAUGAAACCACAACCAUGUGCAAUAAUCUAAUUACAUCCUUGUUGAAGACAAUACAUGAGGUGAAUGCGGUAUCUAGCCCCUGCUUCAGGCACUAGCAGCCCCAUUAGCUACUACUUUCAACAGUUACAAUUUGUCUAUGGUAGCCUAUCUAUAGCAUGCCCAUGACCAU